UUAUUUUUCCUCGGUACGCCCGGAGCGGAAGUGUCCGGAAUUUACAUAAAGUUUGGAGGUCGUGUUUUGGAAGGACAUCAUGUUUGCUGCAGCAUGCAGAAGAGUAGUUUCGUCUGUUAGCCAGCAGGUCAGAAGCUUUCACCGAGCUGCCCCAACAUGCAGUGAUCAAUUGUUUGUGCACAGGGAUACUCCCACCAACAAUCCUGACAUCAAGUUUGAAUUCUCACAGGAGAAUUUAGAUAGGUGCAAUGUUAUUAUUUCCAACUACCCAGACGGCCAUGAAUCGGCUGCAGUGAUUCCCCUGCUCGACCUGGCCCAGAGGCAACAUGGCUGGCUCCCGAUAUCUGCUAUGCACAAGGUGGCGGAAAUAUUGAAAAUGCCACGAAUGAGAGUAUACGAGGUUGCAACAUUCUACACCAUGUUUAACAGGGAGCCUGUUGGCAAGUAUUUUGUGCAGAUCUGCACCACAACCCCUUGUCAGCUUGGAGGAGUCGGGUCUGAUGUCAUUUUAGAAUGUAUCAAGAAAAAUUUAGGUAUCAAUGUUGGUCAGACAACAAAAGAUGGGAUGUUUUCGCUGAUGGAAGUGGAGUGUCUCGGAGCUUGUAUCAAUGCUCCUAUGGUGCAGAUCAACGACAACUACUAUGAGGACCUGACAGUUGAGGACAUGGAAAGAAUACUGAAUGAAGUCAAGGCAGGGAAGAUGCCGAAGCCCGGGCCCCAGAGUGGACAGGAUUGGCGGUUUGCCUCAGAGCCUAAAGGAGGGCUGACCAGUCUGACAGAACCCCCCACAGGGCCUGGCUUCGGCCUGCAGGAGGGGCUAUGAGUGGGGUUGUAGAUUGUGAUGAGUGCUCUGACAUUUAAACUGGGCUGCCGGCCAUCAAAAGAAGCUAUUGACUUGUUGAGAUUCAGGCAGUUCUUUGUUCAUUGUAUGAUAGAAAAUAAUAAAUAUUGUGAAUACUA